AGAAAAAAAAAAGAUAAAUAAACCGAAAAGAGAAAAAAGUAUUAGACACAAAACCCAUGUCAGCAACCUCCAAAUAUACACCUCCUCCAGGAUUCUGAAUCCUAGCGUGGUACGUGGGUCCUGCGCCAAAAAAGCUACUAGCGGCAAGUACCGCGCUAGGAUUCAGAAUCCUGGAGGAGGUGUACAUUCCCAGCACCGAGGCUUCUCCGCCUGGUAACGCAGAGCACGUGACCAAGCUCUUUGAAUCCCUGUCAUGGUCAACAUCCAUCUUCGGCCAUUCUCAUAACGCGAUCUUCGGCGUGGUUACGUCCUUCGCGCCAAAAUGGCGGGUGCGCCACUCAGAGUGCCCCAGAUUAGCCAGGCUGAAAUGGCCGCCUUCCACAGCGCGCAUUUCUCCAAGUUCUCGAGGGAUCAUUUCGAAGCCCACUUCCUCCGGCCUGAACAUCAGCCUGCCAGCACAGCCACUUACGAUGGGGCAGAUGGUGAUGGCGAAGAAUACUACGAAGAGGAGGAGGACGAUGGGCUCGGCUACUAUCCCGACGGCGUCAAACGAACCCUUACCGAUGAGCAAAUCGCCAUCUUUAGACACUCCGAGAUUGAGGCUCUGCGCCGCGCACGAGAGUCUUCCCCUUCCAAAAGGCCCAAGAACACGGAAUCCAGCGAAGAUGCAACGCAAGAUAUGUCAGAAGAAGGCGAGAUCUCGUCGGCAACGCCACCCCCCACCGCGAAGAGAUCCAAGAAGCAGCGGAAGCGCGGCAAAUCAAAGAACAAGGCCAACAGCGGGGGAGAGCCAAUCGAUUUGCGCAAGCGAACUUGGGACGUGGUAGAUAAAGGCCUGCCCACGCUCGACUACGGCGAAGAUAAUCUGGAGCCAGUCGAAACCGGCACAUUUCAGCGACGUCGCAUCUCGUACGAGGACUGAGGGGAGGGUUACACAUUUCACAUCACAAACCCACAAACCUUGAAACCUCAUCUUCACGAUUAACCGAAUCAUCCCUCGUCUUGUCCGCGGCAGCCCAACGGUACAUGUCUCCUUAGGGAACCAAAGCGUAAGUGUUUGUCCUUGUCCCUUGCAUUCCC